AUGGCUCCCAAUUACGAAUCUGCAUUGGCACCCGGCUCGGUCGUCCUACUCACAGGAGUCAGCGGCUUCAUCGCCAGCCACAUUGCUGACCAGCUCCUGGCCGCAGGGUAUUGUGUACGAGGAACUACGCGAAAUGCGGACGGAGUAUCGUGGAUGACUUCCCUAUUCAACAAGAAAUAUGGCGAAGGAAGGUUCGAAAUCGUUACCAUCGCCGACUUUGCAAAGCCGGGGGUUUUCGACUCCGCACUCCAAGGAGUCUCGGGCGUCAUUCACGCGGCAGCCGACACAUCCAUGGGCGCGGAUCCGCAUAAAGUCAUCACGCCUGCAGUCGCUGGAACCAUUGAAUUGCUAAAGGCCGCCUCAGAGAAUGCUGACGUGAGGCGGGUGGUUCUUACGUCUUCUUGUGCAGCGGCAGCGAAUCCCGGAACAGCUCGUAAGAUCGACGGCAAUACCUGGAACGAAGAAGCCAUCGCAGCCGCAUGGGCCCCUCCGCCCUAUGAACCAAGCCGUGGGUUUCCCGUGUACGCUGCGAGCAAGGCACAAUGCGAGCAGGAGGCGUGGAAGUGGUACGGCGAGAAGAAGCCCGGAUUCGUCCUCAGCGCAGUUCUCCCGGCCGCGAAUUUCGGAAAGAGCCUGGAUCCGGUUGCUCAAGGCCACCCAUCCACAUCAGCUCUCGUCCAAGCCCUUUUCAAUGGCGACACUGACACUGUCAGCGGCGCACCACAGUAUUUCUUCGUGGAUGUCCAAGAUAAUGCCCGCUUGCACGUCGCAGCGCUCACGCACCCGGAUAUCCGUGAGAAGCGCAUUUUCGCAUACGCCGCGCCCUACACCUGGAGGGGCGUGCAGCGAAUCCUCCGGGAACUGUACCCUGGGAGAAUGUUUGGCGCUGAUAUUCCCGAUGCAGAGCUUGACAGCAGUGAGAUCGUUCUCGCUGGCGCGGCCAAGGGAUGGUUGAAGGAUUUGGGACAGCCCCGUUGGACGAGCUUGGAAGAGUGUGUUAGGUUGAACACUGAAGAUCUGAAUUGA